UAGUCCUUGUAUUAAAAAGUUUGAACAAAUAGGGGCAGAAAAAGAAGAAGGGCAAAUAGAGUAUCCUUAUAAAAUGGAUGGGAAAGGUGUGAAAACAGCUGCUGGUUUAGGGCUGAUAGUGUUUUUGUCAAUGUUAUUAGGGCAAGCAGCAGGUGAAGAUUUCAAAACGUGUUAUGUUGACUGCUACCUUCAUUGUAUCAUUGAUCUGGAGAAGGGUAGUCCUGUUCAUCCAAAGGAUUUAAUCCCUUGUGCUGUAAAAUGUUUAAAGGAGUGUCUUAUUACGCCUCCUUCCUCCCAGAAAUACUACUGCAGUCUUGGUUGUUCAUUUGAUACUUGCACCGGUCAUCUUGAUGAUGCAGAGAAAACGGGGAGUUGUGUGGAACAUUGCUCAAACAAUGUCUGCAAAAAAUGAGAAAUGAUGAGUAUGAGGUGCACAAUGAUUGAGAUGGAUUUUAUGAAAAAGAAAUGUUAUCUUGAUCAGCAGAAUAAAUUACAUUUGUACUCAAUCAAUGAAUCAAGUUAUCGUUGUUUA